AUGGAAGAGAAUAAUGUUGUUGAUGAGUUGGCCAAUUGUGGUUGGAAGCCGAAAUUAGGCAUGCCAUUUGACUCUGAACAAGCUGCGUAUGACUUUUACAAUACCUAUGGAGGAAAGGUAGGCUUUAGUAUUAGGAAAGCAUAUGCACACAAGAACAAACAGACUAAGGAAACAACUUCACGGACUUUUGUAUGUUACAAAGAGGGAACUCGGGGUAUUGACAAGCGAGAUCCACUAGUAAAAUUUUCGAGACAAGAGGUGAGAUGUGGUUGUGGUGCCAGAUUUAGUAUCAGAAAAAUAUCUACCAUCCAAGCAAUUGAAGUAGAAUUGGCUUCAGAAUCUGGAAUUCCUCUUAAGGCUGCUUAUGAGCUAUUUGAUAGGGAAUCUGGUGGAAGAGCAUCACUUGGCUUCACCAAAUUGGACCAAAAAAAUUACUUGAGAUCGAAAAGACAAAAAGAUUUGGAAUAUAGAGAAACGGGUAGUGUGUUGCAGUACUUUCAUAAGAAAAUUUUGGAAAAUCCAUCAUUUUAUUAUGCAGUCCAUUUAGAUUAUGAAGAGUUAAUAAGUAAUAUAUUUUGGGCCGAUACUCAAAUGAUAAUGGACUAUGCUCAAUUUGGUGAUGUAGUGACCUUUGACAUUACUUACAAAUUAAAUAACGAGCAUAGACUUUUUGGAACCUUUGUUGGAUUUAAUCAUCAUCAAGAAACAGUUAUAUUCAGUGCAGCAUUGAUGUAUGAUAAGACUACCGAAUCAUUCACAUGGUUGUUUUAG